AUGGUUACUGACAUUGAUGGUCUCUCAGAUUCCACAAUUGUUGUGUUUGAUGUAACUGAUUGGCCUAGCUUUGAAUAUGCACACUACAAUGCUUCAGUGAGCAAGAAUAAGAGACUGGAUCCAUACUGGCGAUAUUAUAUUAUUGAUUUGGUUGCAACGGCACAAAAUGGUGGAUACGAUUUUUCCCAGGCCUUGAUUGUUGUGGAGGAUACGGCAAACAACCCGCCUGAGUUCAGUCAACAAUUGUACAGAGUAAACAUCCUUGGUGCAGUUCAAUCAGGCGAUCCUGUCCUGGUGGUCAAGGCUACAGACCCUGAUGUAGGGGAGACUGAGAUGCUGCAGUAUUCCCUGGUGGAGCCCAGCUCCAUGUUUGCAGUAGAGCCCUCUAGUGGCCAGAUCUAUGCAGUGACAGAUGUUCAUCCUGGGACAUUUAACAUUACUGUGAUGGCAACCGAUCCUCAUGGACUUAACGAUACAACAAAAGUUGAAGUGAUCAUCAGAGACUCUAGUAAUGCUGUGAAAAUAUCCAUCAAUAAGCCCUCUGACACCGUGCUGGACAAAGUUCAGGAAAUGGAAAAGUGA